AACUCUGGGAUUGGCUUAGAAUUUCUCUUGAACGAUCGGUGCUCCACCACCAGCUUAAAACUUUUCGUUUGAUAGUGCCACCAGAAGAUAGCACUGUCAAGUGAAACGUCAAAUAAGUUGGUUUCAUUUAUACCCUCCAUAAUCCGCCCCUAUCUGAACCGUUGAGAGUGUCGAACUGGCUAUAGCUAGGGCAUAUAUGUAUAUACACCUAAAAACAUAAUUGAAAAUUACUUUUAUUGGCUACCCAUAUGCCAGAGACAAUGAGCAUAUUGAGGAAAAGGUUACACGAUUAUGAGGAGAUUACCAAAUCUGAAGAAAUAGACCUCUCUAAUCUUAAGAGAUUAUGCUUCCAUGGCAUCCCUGACGAAGGCGGCCUGAGGCCUUUAUGUUGGAAGUUAUUACUGAAUUACUUGCCGCCAACAAAAGCAAGUUGGUCGGAAACGCUCUCACGUAAGAGAGAGCUUUAUAAGACAUUUAUAGAAGACCUGAUCGUGAUGCCAGGAGAAUCCGAUAAUGAUGGCGAUAGAGUUGAUGUUACUUUCGAUGAUCAUCCCUUGAAUUUGAAUCCUGAAAGCAAGUGGCAAACUUUUUUCAAAGACAAUGAAGUCUUGCUGCAGAUAGAUAAGGAUGUAAGACGCCUUUGCCCAGACAUAUCAUUUUUUCAACAAGGGACAGACUACCCUUGCACUGCCAUAGUAAACGCCAGUGGCGUCAAACGUCUACAUCGAAGAGUUCAGCACACGGUACUAAGAAGUGCGAAUGUUGAAAGAAAAGGGCUUGGAAUAACCAAGAUUGCAGUAUCGAUUAGAAAAGCUGCCGAAGAUUAUGCUCCAUUAUCUGAGGGUGGUGAAGCCCACUGGGAAGUCUUAGAAAGGAUCUUAUUUCUCUAUGCUAAGUUAAAUCCUGGCCAAGGCUAUGUACAGGGUAUGAACGAGAUCGUUGGGCCAAUUUAUCACGCAUUUGCUUGCGAUCCGGACUGGAAAUGGAGAGAAUACGCAGAAGCAGAUACGUUUUUUUGUUUUACUAACCUGAUGGCGGAAAUCCGCGAUUUCUUUAUAAAAUCGUUGGAUGAAGCUGAGUUUGGAAUUAAUUCGAUGAUGAGUAAAUUGACUAACGAAGUUAAGAUUAAUGAUUACGAAGUCUGGCUGCGUUUGCACCGACAAGAAUUAUGCCCACAGUACUACAGCUUCAGGUGGUUGACGCUGCUACUUUCUCAAGAAUUUCCGCUACCCGAUGUGAUGAGAAUUUGGGACUCAUUAUUUGCAGACGAGGAUAGAUUUAGCUUCCUCAUACACAUUUGCUGUGCCAUGAUAUUAUUACUCAAAGAUCAACUAUUAGCCGGUGAUUUUGCCACGAACGUUAAACUCCUACAGAAUUUUCCUUCCAUGGAUAUUCAAAUUGUUCUCACUGAGGCAGCUAGGCUUGCCGGAAAGACUUUGGUUUCCUCUUAGAUGAUAUUCGGUCUAAAACCAAGGUACGAACAACAUGUUAUAUAGAAUAAAUGAAUAAUAAUUAUACAUAUGCAAGAAAACUUAUUUGCCAUGAGAAGAGAAUAGGGAGUAUAAUAUGUUGUUGAGAAAAAGGAGUAUGAUACGAUGUUGAAAAUAAAUAGAAAAAAGGCGUUCGAAAUUGUUAUAGUUCAACGCAUCGACUGGGUUUCAAAAUCUGCGAGUACUAUAAAUAUCAUAAUCAUUUAUUGUAAUUAUGAUAUACGAUGAAUGUCAGCCUGCAAAUAUCAAAUGUACACUUGACACAUGCCAGUGUCAAUUGAAAAAUACCAAUUCUCACGGGAUUUAUACACGUGCCGUCUACGUGUGUACGAUACGUCGUUGACUCCCACUCAAUUGAGCACGAUGUAUUACUUCCGAUUUUUUCGGUAAUACAUUUAUGAAACAGUUAGUCUAACUUGUCUUCCAAUCGGAAGGUCCUGAACCAAAUUAAAUUCACGCGUGGAAUGUGACUUUUUUAAAAGAAUCCUGACGAUGAGUGUCGGUAAUAAGGAAGAAAUAUGCGAACAACUGUAUGACACUAAAAGGCUUCGUGGAAUUAAAACAAUAAUUGGCAGUGAGAUAUCAGUUAGCCGUGGCCACUCAUCAGUGAAAUUAAUAAUAAAUGAAAUAAAGCAUUGUAAUUCGCAAUCGCAAUGAUCGCAAUAACUAAAAAUCUAGGUAUACAUCAAUCAUAUUCUAAAAAACAUUUUUUGUACAUUAUAAUCUCAUGCUUAGACUGAUAAUGAGAUAAUAUUACAGCUGUAUACAUAUUCUAAUACCGAAUACGAGAAGAGAAACACUUUAUCUAAAUCUAUAUUUAUAAUAUUAUUUUUGUAAAGUUUUUUGCUGUUUGCUUUUGUUUAUGAAAUAAACAAUGUUAUAUUUCCA